GAAAACAUACUCUUUUGAUUGUAACUUGCAUAGACAAAAAAUAGAAGAAGUGAAAGUGAAACAAUGACCAGAGGCCAUUAAACAGCUGCAGACGGACUGUACCUCUGAAGAAAUGGCAUCCAAGAUCUCUGUUCUGGAAGAGGAGCUCUCCUGUCCCAUGUGCUGUGACAUCUACAGGGAUCCUGUUGUCCUCCUCAAGUGUAGCCACAGCUUCUGUAAAGACUGUCUGGAGAAGUACUGGGAGGAGAAGAGCUCUCGGGAAUGUCCAGUGUGUAGGAGGAAGUCUUCUAUGGAUGAGCCUCCUCUCAACCUGGCUCUAAAGAACACAUGUGAGGCCUUCUUACAUGAGAGAAGUCAGAGAGCUGCAGCAGGAUCUGAAGUUCUGUGCCAUCUGCACAACGAGAAACUCAAACUCUUCUGUUUGGAUGACCAGGCUCCUGUGUGCGUUGUGUGUCAAACCUCAGAAACUCAUGAAAACCACAAACUGCGACCAGUCCAGGAAGCAGGAAAAAAAUACAAGGAGGAACUGAGGACAACAUUGAAUCCGCUGCAGGAGAAGCUGGAAGUCUUUACUAAAGUAAAGAAAACAUGGGAAGAAAUAGCAGAGCACAUCAAGAACCAACAACAGAACACAGAGAGACAGAUCAAGGAGCAGUUUGAGAAACUUCACCAGUUCCUCAAGGAUGAAGAGACAGCCAGGAUAGCUGAACUGAGGGAGGAAGAGGAGCACAAGAGUGACACGAUGAAGGAGAAGAUUGAGAAGAUGACACAAGAGAUUUCAUCCCUUUCAGGGACCAUCAGAGCCAUAGAACGGGAGCUGGGAGCUGAAGACGUUUCGUUCCUGCAGAACUACAAGGACAUUAAAGAAAGAUCCCAAGUGAGAGUGAAGGAUCCAGAGGAGGUUCCAGGAGCCCUGAUUAAUGUGGCCAAACACCUGGGCAACCUGAAGUACAGAGUGUGGGAGAAGAUGCUGGACGUUGUUCAGUACACUCCUGUGAUUCUGGACCCCAAUACAGCACAUCCAGAUCUCAUAGUGUCUGAGGAUCUGACCAGUGUGAGAUACAGUGAUGAGACACAACAGCUUCCUGAGAACCCAGAGAGGCUUACAUGGGUGUCUGUUCUGGGUUCCGAGGGAUUCAGCUCAGGGAAACACAGCUGGGAUGUACAUGUUGGGGAGACAGAUUUUUGGUGUCUGGGUGUGGUUAAAGAGUCCAUCAAAAGGAAGGAGGAGUUCCCUCAACACCCAGCAGAAGGACUGUGGUGUGUCGUGCAGAAUAAAGGAGAAUACAGAGCAGAGACUUCACCCCCCACCCAUCUCACAGUGGUGAAGAAACCCCAGAAGAUGAGGGUACAGCUGGACUGGGACAGGGGGGAAGUGUCGUUCUCUGACCCCAGUGACAACACUCCUCUCUACACUUUUACACACAGAUUUACUGAGAAGGUUUUUCCAUUCUUCAUUUCUAUUGAUCCCGCUGUUCCUCUGCAAAUAUGCUCCAUAAAAGUGUUCGUAUCAAAGACAUAGAGAAGUGCAUUUUAAAUGCCAUUUUGGUGUCAA